AGGGAGUCAAAUUUCUUUGACGAUAUGCGUCUAAAAACAUGGCGAGCGUAUGAAUGGGCCAAUAUUGGUGGCGUUGUAUAUACGCUACUAUUAAUUUUUGGUAUUUACUUCCUAAUAUUGUUCUAUACAUGCCCAGCAACUUAUCAACCUGACUAUUGUACCCGGGCAAAUUGUUUCGCUAUCGUUAUCAUUUUGGAAUUGCUCGUCAAUUUUCUUCUGUUCGUCAUCUAUAGCAGGCGUAACGAUCCACAACGUUGGCUCCAAGGUGUUGCAGUUUUAACAAAUGUGAAAGGUGCCGGUAAAUAUUGUUUAGAAUGUAAUCGAAUAGCACCGUUGAGGAGUCAUCAUUGCAGACUAUGUAAUAUGUGCGUUCUGAGGAAAGAUCAUCAUUGCUUCAUGACGGGUGCCUGUGUUGGAAUUGCUAAUCAGCGUUUUUUCAUCGUAUUUGUUCUAUGGGCAAGUAUUGGUGCUGCUGUAGGGUCGUUUUACCUUCUGAUGUAUUUGCUGCGACAUGUGGAAUCUAAUAUUUACCCAUUUGGUUGGUUGAAGCUCCUAGCACCGGUUGCUGUCAUUCGAUGGAUUAUUUCCGAUGAAAUAUUCGCCAACACAGUUAUUUGCGUUCUAUUCAGCAUAUGCACAGCCACCUCCAUUGUUGCCCUUAUUUUUUUGGUUUACAGGUGA